AUGAAUGCCAAGGUUGACCUCUUGUCAAAACUGGCAAGCACGAAACUUGGCGCAGGAGACCGAUCUCUGAUUCAGGGGCUAGUGACUGAGCCAUCAGUAGCCCUGUGUGUAACCCAAGUGCCGAAUCCUCCUUCGUGGAUGGACCCAAUUCUUCGCUUCUUGGAGGGUGGGGAACUCCCUGGAGAUGAGAAGAAAGCUAGAGUGACAAGAAGGGAAGCCGCUAAGUAUAUGGUGAUACAGGGACAACUAGAUAAACGAGGGCUUGACCAACUCCUGUUGAAAUGCCUACGCCCCGACCAAACGAACUACGUCCUAAGCGAAGUCCAUGAGGGGUGCUACGGACACCACAUCGGAGGAAAAGAAUUAGCUAGGAAGCUCAUCAGAGCUGGAUAUUAUUGGGCCACAAUUAUGUCGGAUGCAUAA